AUGUCUACCAAUGUCGACGAAAAGUCCAAGGACGCCCAUGUUCGCCAAACCGGCUCAUCGUCGUCAAGCGACAAUGAUCCCCCCGCUGGAUUUCUCCCGGCCACUGCUGGUGUCACCAAUGUCGACGCCGCCUGGAAGUUCCUGAACGAACAUCGCGACGCCGAAGGCAUCGAUGCGGUUAAUCUGACUGCUCUGCGCCACAAGAUCGACUGGCACAUUGUUCCCCUCAUGUUCCUGUGUUACACUAUGCAAUUCCUCGACAAGGUUAUCCUGAAUUAUGCCGCCGUCAUGGGAAUCAACAAGGACCUGAAGCUCCAGGGCAAUGAUUUCUCCAAUGUUGCCACGUUUCUCUUCGUUGGUCUGCUUUGCUUCGAAGUUCCCAACAUUUACUUCCUUCAAAUCUUUCCCGCCGCCAAGUGGCUCGGAGCCAAUGUCACUCUCUGGGGCAUCGCAACUGCAUGUGGUGCAGCUGCCCACAAUUACCAGAGCUUGCUUGUCUCGCGUAUCUUUCUCGGCAUCUUCGAGGCCACUAUUGCCCCCUCUCUGAUGCUUAUCAGCAGCCAAUGGUACACCAAGUCAGAGCAGGCUCCCCGUUUCUCCUUCUGGUAUCUUGGUCUGGGUCUUGGUCAAAUUGUCGGCGGUCUCGUUUCCUUCGGUUUCCAGCACAUGACGCCCGGUGCCGCCCUGGCUGGUUGGAGAACUAUGUUUGUCGUCCUAGGAUGUUUGACUGUUGUCUUCGGCAUCUGCACUUUGUUUUUCAUCCCCGAUACCCCAAUGCAGGCCAAGUGGCUGUCCGACACCGAGAAGGUUGCUCUUCUGAAGCACAUCAGUGUCAACCAAACCGGUAUCCAGAGCCGCAAGUUCCGGGUCAAGGAGAUUUUCGAGGCUCUGCUAGACCCUCAGAUCUAUCUCUUGAUUCUGUCCGUUGUUUUGCUGUCUGUUUCGAGCGGUGUUGUCACCACUUACUCGGCUACUCUGAUCCGCAACAUUCUAUCCGACGAGCCUCCAGCAUGGGCUCCAAAGAAGGCCGCUCUGCUCAACAUGCCAUCGGGUAUUGUCAGUAUCUUCUUUACACUAAUGGUCGGUUACGGUAUUCGUAAGAAGUCGCACAGGUGGGCAUGGAUCAUUGCCUGUAUCAUUCCUGCAAUCAUUGGUGGUGCCCUGAUGUCUUUCCUGCCCAAGUCCAACAAGGCUGGGUUGCUGGCCGGUAUCUACCUUGUCAAUGCCGUCGUCGCGCCUCUCACAAUCUUCUACAACUGGACUGUUGCCAACUGUGCUGGUGCCACCAAACGAGCCUUUGCUGCUGCUAUUAUUUCUGGCUCCUUCUCCCUCGGCAACAUUAUCGGACCUCAGACAUUCCAGGCCCGUGACGCCCCCGAUUAUCACCCUGCCAAGCUGGCUGUCAUGGGUACACAAGCCGGUUGCGCCGUCACCACUUUCGUGCUGUUCCUAUACUAUGUAUGGGCCAACAAGCGCCGAAAUGACCGCAGCAAGGAGACGGAGGAGCAGUUCCUAUCCCCCGAGGUUUGGGCCAGCCUAACCGACAAGGAAAACAAGCAUUUCCGCUACACUUACUAA